AUGAGGUGGAACUCCGCCUACUUGAUGUUGAAUAGGGCUAUUGAGUAUGAGAAUGUUUUUUCGAAUUAUGCUGAUCGUGAUAUUAUCUUAUCGCAUUAUCUUGAGUUUGUUGAUUUUGAAGAUGGAACUCCUGCAGGUACACUUUUGAGUAAUGAUUGGGAGCAUGUAAAGAGAGUUGCGAAAUUCCUUCAAAUCUUUUAUGAUCUUACUGAAAAGAAUAUGAAAGAAAAAUUUGACAAGUAUAGGGGUAAUCCAGAAAAAAUGAACAAUAUGAUUUUCAUUUCUUGUGUUUUGGAUCCUCGUCACAAGCUGGUUUCAGUUGGUUUUGCACUUAAGAGGAUGUUUGGGGAAAUAGAAGGACCAGUUAUAGAGAAGGAAGUGAAUAACUACAUGACCUCAUUGUUUGGUGAGUAUGUAAAGUCUCUUUCAAAAGAUAAGGGCAGUCAACUCCCUUCAUCUUUAUCUAGCUCUUCAUUUGAAACUUCUAGUCCACUGCCUUCAAGUUCAGGUAGUACUAUCCAAUCGAUAGGAUCUUUAGGGUCAUUCAUGGAUGAUCUAAUGAAACGUAAAGCUGGAAAUGCAGCAGCAGAUUCUAAAACAGAAUUGGAAAAAUAUCUUAGUGAAGAAAAUGAAGUUGAAAGGCCUAACUUUAAGAUCUUGUCUUGGUGGAAAAUAAACUCACCUCGGUUUCCUGUUCUUGCUGAGAUGGCUCGAGAUAUGUUAGCUAUUCCUAUUUCAAGUGUGACAUCUGAGUGUGCAUUUAGUACCGGAGGACGCAUUUUGGAUUCAUUUAGGAGUUCAUUGACUCCUAAAUUGGUGCAGGCUCUAGUGUGCCUUCAAGAUUGGAUUCGGAGUGAAAAACAACCUGUUAGUGUUGAAGAAGAUCUAGAUAACCUCGAGCAGCUUGAACAAGAUUUGGCCAAUACUAGCAUUCUUGAUGAUUGA